UACCGCUUGCGAAACAAAUGCUCGCUUGUCCAGCAACACAACGCAAGCGCUGACUAACAACGUUGUCGUCUGUUACUUACUGUCAUUUGUGAAUACUGAAUGGACUGCAGUUUUCGAGUUCCGUACGUGUCAAUUUUACAAUAAUUUACAAGCAUUCGAGCCGUAGUGUACAUCUUAAAGUCUAGGUCAUUACAUAUCAUAAUAAAAGUAAAUAUUAUGGAACCAUGGAAAAAAGUGUGCUUAUAUGUUUCAGUGUAUGUGAUGCUCCGAGAAUUUCGUCCAAUAGAUCCUUUUAUUAUUAAGUAUCUGACACUUCUUCCAGAAAAAUACACCGUUAGAAUAAUAAGAGAAGACGUUUAUCCAGUGGGUAGUUAUGUUAGCGUGUUAUUUGUAGUAAUCGUAUUCCUAGUUACCGAUUAUCUACAAUAUAAGCCAAUAAUAAUUUUAAAUGGAUUAUCCGGUAUAAUGUCUUACAGUUUACUACUAGGAUCUCCAACAAUAAGUUUUUUGAAAUCUGGUCAAAUAUUUUUAAUGCUGUUUAGAGCAGCUGAAGUUGCGUCUUAUACAUAUAUGUUUGCAAGUAUCAGGAAUAAAGAUAAAUAUCAGAUCGCUACUAGUAUAGUGAGAACUUCAGUUUUGAUUGGAAAAUGUAGUUGUGGUAUAAUAGCUCAAAUUCUUAUAUCAUAUAAUAUUUUAAGCUAUGCAUAUUUACUCUAUUUAAGUAUAUUUGGUAUGAUUUUAACUACGAUCUGGUCAUUAAUUAUGCCACCAGUUAUGUUUAGUUUGUAUUUUUAUAAAGUAAAAGAACCCGUUCUAGAUGUGAUUGUAGAUGAUAAUGAAAAAAUUAUCCUAACAAAAAUCAAUGAAUCCACUAAUAUGAACCUAGAUAAAAAUAAUAUGAAAAAAUUCUUUAUAAAAAUGAAAUGUUCUGAAGUUAUUCAAAAGCUAUGGGAUGAUUUCUAUGUAACUUAUGCGGAUGCUAACGUAUUUAAAUGGUCAGUUUGGUGGUCGUUGUCACUUAGUGGUUAUGUAUUGGUUUCGCAAUAUAUCCAGCUUUAUUGGGAAGAAAUUGAAGUGCACGGCAAACUAAACUCUUUGAACGGUGCAGUCGAAUCAUUGGCCACAUUAUUCAGCGCUGCUGCUACGUAUGGAAUUGGAAGAGUAAACGGAGAUUGGGAUAAGUAUGGAGACAUUGUAAUGGCAAUAGUAGCCAUGGGACUUGGAGUAGUGUUAUAUUUUCUUUCUUUUACUGAAUCUCUAAUAAAGUCGUAUGCCUACUUUAUAAUAUUCUGUUGUACAUAUCAGACUAUGGUGACAAUAGCAAGCGCAGAAGUUGCCAAAUUCUUGAAACGUAAUUGUUAUGCCUUAAUAUUUGGAUUUAACAAGUUGAUUGCUUAUAUUUUGAUUAUUAUAUUCACUGUGGUCGUCAUUGAAGAUAAAUUUUUCUCUUUUGAUAUUCGUCAACAGUUUUUGAUCUACAGUGUGUAUUUUAUGUUCUUGGGAUGUUUGUUUUUCUUAAUGGCAUUCAUCUCAUCUAGGCGUCUAUGAAAAAACCGAAUAUAUGAAAGAACAUUGAACUAUUGUCGUAACACGUGUAUUCUUUGUACAAAUAUA